AUGUGCUCGCUGUCUCUUUGGUCUCUGUCUCUUUGGUCUCUGUCUCUGUCUCUCUCUCUAUCUCUGUCUCUGUCUCUGUCUCUCUCUCUAUCUCUGCUCUGUCUCUCUCUGUCUCUCUCUGUCUCUCUCUGUCUCUCUCUCUCUCUCUCUCUCUGUCUCUCUGUCUCUCUGUCUCUCUCUCUCUCUCUCUCUCUCUCUGUCUCUCUGUCUCUCUGUCUCUCUCUCUGUGACCAUCUUGCACGUUCUUAUUCCUUCAGUUUGCAAAUCAAGGGCAGCGGGGCGAGAGUUUGCACCGAUCCAAGGCAACCCAGCAUCAUGCAGGAAGUUGCACCGGCCCAGUCGCCGCCAUGGUACAAGUCAUCGCGUUAUUUCAUUGCCGUCAUGGCGUUUCUUGGCUUCCUCAACGUCUACGCCCUCCGCGUCAAUCUAAGCGUUGCAGCCGUCAAGAUGGCUGAUCAGUACAACUGGUCACAAACGGAAAAAGCGCUGAUCCUUUCCUCAUUCUUUUAUGGUUACAUUGCCACCCAAAUCCCGGGGGGUUGGGUCGCCACACGACUCGGUGGGAAGUGGGUCUUUGGCUUGGGUGUCUUUGUGACGGCAGCCAUGACGUUACUGACCCCCGUCGUGGCUGCCCACAAGGGCCUGCUUCUGGCCGUCCGUGUUCUCGAGGGCAUCGGCGAAGGAGGAACCUUCCCCGCCAUGCAUGCCAUGCUGUCCCGCUGGGCCCCGCCAGCCGAGCGCUCCCGCCUCGCCACCAUUUGUUACGCAGGAUCAUACUUUGGUACCGUGGUGUCGCUUCCCAUCUCUGGCGUUCUUGCUUCGGGCGAUUUUCUGGGGGGCUGGCCCUCUGUGUUUUACGUCUUUGGCACGCUUGGUGUUCUUUGGUUCAUUGCGUGGGUUAUGACAACCUCCAACAACCCCGAAUCGCAUCGCUGGAUCAAGCCGGAAGAGUUGCGAUUUAUCCAAGAGAGCAUGGCCAAUCAGUCUUCCCCUGAAAAGCCCCCACCAACGCCGUGGCUCCCCAUCCUGUCCUCAAGCGCGGUGUGGGCCAUCAUUGUGGCUCAUACCUGCCAAAAUUGGGGCUUUUACACCCUCCUUACCUGCCUUCCCACGUACUUUAACGACGUCCUUCGCUUCAACAUUGAAUCGGGUGGCAUCAAUGCGGCAUACCCCUAUUUGGCCUUGUUCCUCUUGACCAUUGGCAUCGGCCAGGUGGCCGAUCAUUUACGUAGCCGUUUCUCGACCGUAUUUGUGCGCAAGCUCCUGAACACCACCGGUUACGUGAUCGGCAUCACUUUUUUGGUGCUUGCCGGUUUUGUCAAACCAGGCCAAAAUGCGCUUGCAGUGACCUACCUCACGCUCAGCGUGGGCUCGGGUGGCUUUGUGCAAAGCGGUUUCAACAUCAACCACCUCGACAUUUCUCCUCGAUAUGCCGGCGUGCUGAUGGGCCUGACCAACUGCGCCGGAACUAUUCCCGGUUUUGUGGGCCCCACCGUCGCCGGCAUCUUGGCCCCUUGUGCGCUCUGCGACAAGACAAUCAAUGUGGAUGGAUACUGUGUGGCCGACACUUACUGGGAGGGACCCGGCCAGUGCCCUCCCAACACAACAGACGUGCCCUGCCAUACGUAUCUGAGUGCGCUGGACGAUUCGCUGCCGGCUGAUGUCCAGGCCUUUAUUGACGGUAUCGAGACGGCCAAGACCACCACGAGCCCAGGCACCCACAACUCAUCGCUGCCGGCCAAGAUUGGGAACUACAAGCGCUGCUCCCAGCACAUAGCCCAAGUCCAAUGGCGGAACGUGUUCUAUCUUUCAGCGUCCAUCUUCGCCUUUGGAGCGCUCGUGUUCCUCGUCCUCGCCAAGGGCACAGUACAGCCUUUCAAUGACAUUGUAUCGGAGGAGACGGCUGCGUUGCUGGGCAAGAGCGUGAAUCUCCAGCCUGACAGCUACGGCCUUGGGGAGGCUUAG